CUCACAAAAUAAGGAAAUUAUUAGAGAACAAUAAAGAGAUUAAGAGAAACAUUUUGAGAGGAAAAGAAGACUGCGGAAUAACUCUCUCUCACACACAAACCAGACAUUCCAUCAUUUCCCCGUCCUCGAUUAAGUGUUUUUUUUUACAGUUCUCCUCUAAAUAAAUUUUAGAGGAGUUUCUUGGAAUGUUGGAAUAUCCUCAACGAUUUGCGCGUAAUAUCCCCGAACCCUCAACAACAACACAAAACAAUACACAUCACAGUCAUCAUUUACAUCAUCAACAACCACAGCCACUGCCACAUCAAAACUAUCAACAACAACAGCAACAUAUAGUUGUGGGCUCACAUUAUCAUCCACAUUCACAACAACAGGGUUCAUAUCCAACAACACCAGCUUCGCCGGCUCAUCAACCGCGUUAUCCACAGCCACCACAGCAUCAGCGUAACUUAUCGACGGCAUCUUCCUGCAGUGCUCAACAUAAAAGUGUCACCUUUAGUCAAGUAACAACUUCUAAUAGUGGCGAUUAUAGUGCUGGCAGUAGUAGCGGUAAUUCUAGUUGUGGUGGUCAACAAUCAAUGGCGGGCAAUAUGAAGCACGGAAAAUCACAAGAAGAUGUUUGCUACGUAGUAGCCAAAUACGAUUAUGCUGCUCAGGGAGCCCAAGAAUUGGAUUUACGAAAAAAUGAACGUUAUUUACUAUUAGAUGAUUCCAAACAUUGGUGGCGUGUACAAAAUAAUCGCAAUCAAUCGGGUUAUGUGCCCAGUAAUUAUGUAAAAAAGGAAAAACCAUCAUUAUUUGAUAGCAUAAAAAAAAAAGUGAAAAAAGGUUCAGGUUCGAAAACAUUACCCAAUUGUUCUCCAUCAAGACAAAUCGAAAGUCCAACAAUGUCGCGAAGACUGCCCCCAGAUCCAUCAGAGGCUAUUGGUUCAGCUAUUGUUAAGUAUAAUUAUCAAGCACAACAACCGGAUGAGCUGUCACUAACCAAGGGUACACGUAUACUUAUAUUGGAGAAAUCCAAUGAUGGUUGGUGGCGGGGACAAAGUGGUAAUGCCGUGGGCUGGUUUCCAAGCAACUACACAACUGAAGAUUGUGAUAAUGAUGGUGAGAUACAUACAUACGCAAUGGCUGAAAAUGUAUUAGAUAUAGUGGUGGCUUUAUAUAGCUUCAAUUCAAAUAAUGAUCAAGAAUUAUCAUUUGAAAAAGGCGAUCGUUUAGAAAUUGUUGAUCGUCCUGCCUCAGAUCCCGAUUGGUAUAAAGCUCGAAAUAAUCAGGGUCAAGUCGGUUUAGUUCCACGCAAUUAUUUACAAGAGUUAAAUGAUUAUUUGGCCACACCCUAUCGCAAUAAUGGUGGGGCAGCGGGCAAUGGUAAUGCUGGCAAUGGUGGCGGCAGCAUUGGCGGUGGUGCAAAUGCUAAUGGUGACUCAAUCGAUCGUCGAGCUGAUGGUAUGCCACAAAAUUCACCACCACCCAUGGAAAGGCCAAAUUUGGCUGGCAAAUCAUGGUAUUAUGGAGCUAUAACACGCAGUCAAUGUGAUACGGUCUUAAACCAACACGGUCAUGAUGGUGAUUUUCUAAUACGUGACAGUGAAACUAAUAUGGGCGACUACUCAGUUUCUCUAAAGGCUCCGGGACGUAAUAAGCAUUUCCGUGUUCAUGUGGAAAACAGCAUGUACUGCAUAGGCCAGCGUAAGUUUCAUACUUUAGAUCAACUUGUAGAUCAUUACCAAAGAGCGCCCAUAUAUACAAAUAAACAGGGUGAGAAAUUAUAUUUAGUGCGACCGUUACCAAAAGCCAAUGGUACGUAAAUUAUUUAAUACAAAUGAAGAACAAAACCUCAAUUACCCACAUUAACAUCAAAGGUUUACUGUCGUUAAACAAAAAACAUGAAAAACUGAAAGAAUGAACUUUUUUCCAAAAAACUAAACCUUAAAUAAAAAAAAGAAUGAAAGAAAGAUAUACAUAUUCAUUACAUACACGGAGAUACCAUUUACCAAUUACGCUAAAUAUGUUGUCACAAUAUCACCUUUAAACAAAAUAAAACAAAAAUUGUAGUUUUUCAAAACAUACAUACAACCAUACAAACAAUUUCAUAUUUAUAUAUACAUACAUUACAUACAUUAAAAAAAACAUAAAA